AUGUUCCAGAGAAGAAAACUAAGAACUCCAUAUCUAGAAAAUAUCUUCAAUGGCAAACUUCACCAGACUCAACGUUUGACACCUAAUCGUUCUGAUUGGAGGGUUUUGGUUAGAGUUGAAAAGAUGUGGGAUACCUUGGAGGCAGAUGUUGGUGAAGGUCUAAGCUUUCUUUUUGUGGAUGAAACGGGCACAAAGAUGCAUGCUUUUGUUGAACAAAGUAAUCAGAGGAAAAGGUUCAAGAGAUGUCUUCAUGAAGGGGAGUGGAAGAUUCUAACCGGAUUUUCCGUGGUGAUGGUGAAUACAGAGAUCCGUUUGACGGAAGCCAGAAACAAGAUUGCUCUCACGUCCAACACCAGCGUCACACCCGCAGAGGACUCGGAUGCUUGGAUUCCGCUUGACAUCGUUCCUUACGACUAUGUUUCGAAUUUUUGGAAUGAUGAACGAACUUCUUUCCCUAGAGACUUUCUAGGGUUUAUACUUGAAGUUCGUGAGACAAUGCUCAGGGAAGAUGUCUCUAUUCCUAGGAACCCUUUAAACGAUGAUCCAAAGACCACUAACACAAUAGAUUUCACCCUACAGGACAACGAUGGGGAUCAAAUACAGUGUCGUGUAAAGGGUGCCUUAGCAUCUAAGUUUAAACGGUUUUGGCUUUACUAUGGUAAAAUUGAGACCAUCGUAUGCCUCUUAACCGAUUGGCGGGUUCUUGAAGAUGCCGAUCCUGCUCAUAUCGAAAGUGAAGAAGGAAUCUCUAGAUUUGAAUUCAAUCCUAUUGGCUUUGAUGAGGUUGACCAUUUCACUGAGAUAAUGUGCUCUUCCUCACAAGACAGCAGCAAAGAAGAAGUUGAAGAAAUGGAAUUUGAUUAUUUCAAUGGCUGUAGAACCGACAACAAAAGUUGA